AGUAUGGGUAUCCGACAGAGCCGGAGACAGAUCGCUCAGAGAAGCUGAUCAGCUCUCUCUGUUUUGCAGCUCAGAGAGAGAGAUUCAGAGCACUUGUUCACUUCUAGUUCUCCGAAGCAAGAGCGAAGCAGCGGAGGGAAUACCGGCAAGCACUUGCAUCUUUGCAUCCUUUCGGGAUUAAAGACAACCGGAGGAGCCGAAAACUUCUUCCAUUUGCUUCUUUCUCCUGGACUUGGACUGCUUUUGCACAACUGGACUCGGACCGCGACUCUUCUUGGGGGGUGAUUUCUGAUUCGGUUGUGUUUGUGAUUUUGCAGAGGGAAGCAGGGAGUCCUCUUUGGGACAGGUGGGUGGUCAGAGAGCCAGUUAAAAGGGAUUCAGGUCCAAGUAGGUGAUUGUAGCCGAGCUAACAACCAUGCAGAUUGAGAAUUUCAACCAUGGGAACAUCCACUCUUUCCAGGGUCACCGCGGGGUGGUCAACAACAACAACAACAGCAAGCCCAAUGUCAUUCUCCAGAUAGGGAAGUGCAGGGCAGAGAUGUUGGAGCAUGUUAGGAGAACUCACCGGCACCUCCUGACCGAGGUGUCGAAACAGGUGGAGCGGGAGCUGAAAGGCCUGCAGAAAUCGGUGGGCAAGCUGGAGAACAACCUCGAGGACCAUGUGCCCUCGGCUGCUGAGAACCAGCGGUGGAAGAAGUCCAUCAAGGCCUGCUUGUCUAGAUGUCAGGAGACCAUUGCUCACUUGGAGAGGUGGGUCAAGAGGGAAAUGAAUGUCUGGAAGGAAGUCUUUUUCCGCCUGGAGAGGUGGGCUGACCGGCUGGAGUCCGGUGGAGGGAAGUACUGCCAUGCGGAUAAUCCCCGGCAGACAGUCUCUGUUGGCGUAGGUGGGCCCGAGAUUAGGUCAAGUGAAGGGGAGAUUUAUGACUAUGCCCUAGACAUGAGCCAGAUGUAUGCCCUGACACCUCCUCCAACUGGGGAAAUCCCUCAGCCCCACGAGUCCUACCAGUGGGUCACUGCCCCAGAGGAUGUGCCACCUUCUCCAGUGGAGACCCAGAUUUUUGAGGACCCCAGGGAGUUCCUAACUCACCUGGAGGACUACUUGAAGCAGGUAGGUGGGACUGAGGAGUACUGGCUCUCUCAGAUCCAAAACCACAUGAAUGGUCCGGCCAAGAAGUGGUGGGAGUACAAGCAGGACUCUGUCAAGAACUGGCUGGAGUUCAAGAAAGAAUUCCUCCAAUACAGCGAGGGCACGCUGACUAGGGAUGCUAUCAAGAGGGAGCUGGAUCUGCCCCAGAAGGAAGGGGAGCCCUUAGACCAGUUCCUCUGGAGGAAGAGAGACCUCUACCAGACUCUCUACGUGGAGGCCGAGGAGGAGGAGGUCAUUGAGUAUGUUGUAGGGACCCUCCAGCCCAAACUCAAGCGCUUCCUUAGCCACCCCUACCCUAAGACCUUAGAGCAGCUGAUCCAGAGAGGGAAAGAAGUUGAGUGCAACUUCGAUAACUCUGCAGAUCCCAGCCCUCAGAGGACCCCAGAGCACCAACUAGGAGAUUCAGUAGAGAUCCUGCCUCCUUCUAUUACUGCCAGUUCUGCAGCGAGUGACAGGACUCAGCCAGAAGUUUCUAUUCCACCAACCACAGUGAUAUGAGCUAUGUUAUGACCCAGAUGUUGGCUUAUUGAGGAUGAUGGUUUCUUACUAGUGGAAACUUUCAGCCAUGGGAGGCCUGAGGAUAUUCUCAGUCCACUGGCCAUUAGGAGGAGAAUUGCCUAUUCUUUGAGGUGGACCAUGUGGAGAACAUGGUUAGCCUGAAUUGCUCAAGAGGGGUUCAAGCUGGAGAAACUGAUGGCUAUUUUGAGGAUUUCUUUUUUAAAAAAAGCCAUUGUAAGGACUGGACUAUGUAACAAAGGCAACCAGCCUUUCUUCUGUGGCAGAACUGGCCACCUUUCCUUUGGCAUUGGUUGUCAAGGGAGUUAACAUGCACAACCGAAGAUCCUUCCCGCUUAGAAUCAGUCCUGUCCUUCAAUGGACUUUUUCUUCCAGGCAGUCUCCCUUCCUUCCAGGAAUCCCUUCCAAGUGUUUUCUGCUUGCCUUCAUAUCAAUCAGUGAGCAUUUGCUAACUCUUGAGAAAGCCACUGCUCUCUGCAUUUAUUCCUUUCCCUCCAACUUUUAUUAAUAGAUUGGAGCAUUUUUGGCAAGUUGCCAAAAUAAAAUUAACCCAAUAUUUGCUUUUCAUUUCAAGUGGGUCUCUAGAAGCUUUUGGGCUAUGAUAUGAUUAUUAAGGCCUUUCAGCUCCAGGAAAACCAUCUUCAUCAUAAUAAUGGACUAAUUUACUUCUCUAUCUUCUGAAUUGUGGGAGAAGAUGGGAUAGCUAUAGUGGGAUACUUAUCUCAUUGGGCUGCUAAGACAUUCUUACAUUGUGGCUACAUAGUGGAAAGGGAAGGGAAAAUGCAAUUAGACCGCCAAAAGAACUUGAGGAAAGAUCCGAUUGUACCCAAAAGCUAUGCCAGAGUUAGAAAGCAGGGUGUGUGGGAUACACAAACACAGCUCGAAUUCAGACCUGAAGCCAACCAGAUCUAUGCCUCAGAACAACAGCAAUGCUACAGAACCCUCUUACGGUUCUUUUUGAAAGACAGAUUUUUGAAAGACAGACUGGAUGUUUGGGUGAUGGAGUGAGCUAUCAAAACUAUAGCCAAGUCACAAAAACUGUUGACAGACUUCCUCCCCACCAUAAGACUGAUUUGAGAAAGAAGAGCUUGAAGAAACCUCCAAGUCCACUGCCAGCAACGUUGAGAAACUUGGCUAGCUGGACCAAGUGUUGGUGAGAGCAAGAGAGAGAAGUGAAGCUGAAAUUUGUACUGCAAAAAGUUUGCAACCUCUAACUGCAUGAAGGAAACUAUCAGCACCACUCAGCAUAAUGAACUAGUCAUUGCAUAUAUGACUAAGAACAUUGACUAACAACAUUGUGGAUCAAAAAGGAAGAAAGCAAGAGAAGGAAGAAUGUGUCUGAAGACAGCAUCUGCUCCCUUUACCACCAGAGAAGCAAUAAAGGACAACUUGGAGUGCGAGUCCUUUCUCAAAGCUACAGUGAGUCAUUUGAGAAAGACUGCGAGCUAGCUAAUCACUUCCCGAAUCCCAUGUGGAGCAGAGAUGGAGGUGGAGAGAUGGCUCAGAAUGGAAAAAAGGCAACACGCAGCAGAGCUGGUCGGACAUCGGACUCCAAGGGCUUCUGCCGCUCCCACAGAGAGAUUGCCUGGAGAAGGACAUACAUUUCCUUCUCCAACUACAGAGCCAACUCCUUGAUUGUCUGACUCUUGACUUUCAUCACGUGGGGAGAAGACACGUUCAGCUAUGAAAGUACAGCUCAGAAAGAUGGAAGUGACAUACCUGUCAACAUUUAGGGACAGAUGCUAUAACUCCGGGGGCAUGAAAGGAACCAUGGUUGCAAACAGAAGAACAAUGGCUUCCAGUAGACCACCAAUGAAUGAAGCAAGCAAUGCCUGAAAGCAAUGUCUACAGAAAUAUGGACUUUGAGACUGGGGACAUCAAGGGAGGUUGAGGUUCUUCAUGUCUUGGGAUUUUGAAAAUGUUUGGAACUGGGAAUAACUGUGAAGAUUUGGGGAGAUUAAGCUAAAAAAUACACAUUCUGUUGAGUUGAUUCUGUCAGUUAACUUAGUGGCUCAAGGUGAAGGACAUUUCAAAAUACUUCAGUGUUCAGAACAACAUCUUGAAAUGAAAGGUUUGUGGCUGAAUGGCAGAGACGGGCCCAAUCGUCACAAGACAGCCAUGAAUGAGUCCUACCCAUCUUCCCACAUUGACAUUCCUCUUUUGUGUUCGCACUACCUAAGGAAGUGUAAACAGAUAUACCAUAGUAUGCAGUAUGCAUUUACUAGAUUAUUUUUUGAUGUUCAAAUUGCUGUCACUUCAUGUUCCACCUGUCAAACAGGUUGGAUUGGAGAUGGUUUGGGGUUUUAUUUUCUUUGCUUCUUCCAAAACCACGUGGUUCUAUAGUAGGUGUGACUGUAUACAAAUGUUAGCUAGACCUUCAGAAAGGCCUAAAUAUCAAUACUGGACUUUUUGAUUUCUGCAAGCAUUACUUGAGACAGCAACCAUAUGGUAUCACAGGUCUUUUUAGAGCUGGCUGCUCCAAUGGCUGGAUAUUGACUUCUAGCCAACGGGAGCUUUCUCAGUAGCACCUUUGUUCAUAUAUCAUCAGAUUUCCCUGAGAGAUGUAGUAGUGCUACGCUCCUGUGGGAGAACCACGUGGGAAGACAUGUGCAUGAUGAAUCAAUACAACCAAAAAGCAUUGCUUCUGAAUCUUUGUAUUGUAUUUCUCCAACUAGAUUCUAGUUUUACUACUGGGUCUUUACAGUUUAUUGUGUAUUAUACAGAGUGUAUGGUUACUAAUGCAUUAUGAAUUUCCUUGAUGCCAAGACUUGGGGAGGGGGGGGGGGCUCAAGGAUUCUUGUAUGCGCCAAUGACUUUGAUUGUAUGAGCCCACUUAUUCCUCAUGUUAUCACAUUUGUGGUGACUCAUAAGAGGCUGUGUCAGCCGCUGCUAUAUUUUUAAAAAAUGGCAUUCUUCAGUUACAAAACCAAUUGUAGCAAAGUGUGUUCAUAGCAAAGAUAUUUUUUUCUUUUGUAGAUUUCUACAAUAAAAUAUAUGCAUACAUAGA